UGAAAUUUGGCACCAUCAGUCAUGGACAAUCAUUGUCGCAUUCUCUACGAGUAACCCGUAUAGCAAACAGCCAAUGUCGACUCUUUACUAGUUCCAUGCAAAAACUUGACAUGUACUACAUUCAAGGGACGGACGGUUUGCAACCGAACCUGAACCACUUCCAUGUAUGUAUUCCGGUUAUCCUAAUCUCCACCUGCCCCAAUUUUGAUCCGCUCGACAACCCGCCAAGGACCCAUAGACUAACAUACUCCACCCGCUCUAUAGCCAAGGAGCCACAGACUAUGAAAGGCUGAAAAGGGUACGUAAUUAUUAGUUGCUCUUUGUAAUACAGCUAUUUUUUUCGAGCGGCCUUGGCCUACGGUUUUUAGGAUAUCUGUCAACUUUUAUGCUGGCCGUCUCCCAAGGUCAACGGGUUAAGGGAGCACUCUUCUAUUCCGAACCCUGUGGCUGAGGCGCUCCAGCGUCAACUUCAACUUGAUGUAGCCUGUUUUGAUUACAAAAUUUUAAAACGCCACCACAUUGGCAUCCUGACAUUGCGUGAUUCCAGGAAAAAAGGGUUGAACCACAAUAUGAAGGUACAUAAAGUGGUCGGGGAAGAAGGCUUACCUCCAUUCUCUAUUCCUCCUUCUGUAACCCUCCCUCCUCAUCGCCAAUGGAUACCGCCACCAACCAACUUGACCCAACAAUCAUCAGUAACAUCGAAUUUUUCGUCGUCGAUGCCGUAGCCGAUAUUGCAGUUCCUGUUUUCUUCUAUGGCACCUACGCUGUCCUCUAUGGCACUUGUAUGGUCAUCCUUCGGCAAAAGAGAACACAAUAUCACCGCCUUUAUACCACUGCAAUGACCGUCCUUUUUGUGCUGGCCUCUUUUGGGGUUGUCGUCAACGUGUUCCUUGCCACUCGAGGUGUAAUUGGGCUGAUCGUCGGGGAAAUCACUGAAUCGCCGCCUUCGGAAGAGGCAUACUCACAACUCCUUACUUUUUCUGUUAUUUCCUUCUUUUUCUACAUUUUGUCCAACAUGGUCGCCGAUACGCUUCUGUUAAUCCGAUGCUAUCACAUCUGGAACCGACUGGUUGUUGUCUUAUUUCCAGCCAUACUCUGCUUAGUAUGCAACGGACUCGGUAUCGUAGCUGCAUGCAUUUCCUUUCAGGAUGCCGUGCAUGGUUCGACAUCCGACACAAAGCUCUUGGUGGCCAUGGACGACCACAUAGUGGGCCGGCAACCAUUACUUCUGACCUUUUUAGGACUCGAUCUUCUCAGUAAUUUGCUCCUUACGUCUGUCAUCGCCGUUAAAUUACUCUUCGUUAUUCGGCACGCCAGAAGGGCCGAGGUUAAAAGCGUACAGGCAUUGUACACCUCCGUUAUGGCGAUCAUCGUCGAAUCCGGACUACUAUACCCCAUCGGGCUUGUAGCUCUACUCAUUUUCUCAAACAACGCGGUAACCUACUCGUUAAUCCACAUCGUCGGAAUCUCGCCGACACUCAUCAUAGUGCGGAUCGGGCUGGGAACUGCAUUACAUGUAGAGAGGGGCUGUCUCGAGUCGAUUAAUUAAGUAAUUCCUAUCAGAUAUACAGUGUCGUGGGCCUUCUUCGUGUUUAAAGAUACAGAAUCAACUCCGAUGUCACUGGUCA